AUGAGUCAACAACCAAGACGACGCCUUCCUGAAAACUACAUGGUUAUUUGGGUUGAUGGAAAUAUGGAUAUGAUCAAUAAAGAUUGCCACAAUACACUUGCGCAAUUGCGCGGUGUUGUAAAUCAAGUCAUACCUUGUACGACAGCUGAAGAAUGUGUUCAACAGCUGAAUGAAAAUCCUGAAGAGAUAUCAUUUGUUAUCUCCUCAGGUGCACUUGGACAACAUCUGGUACCAAGCAUCCAUGGCAUGGCAAAAUUAAAUGCUAUAUUCAUAUUUUGUCGUAAGAAAGAACAUCAUCAAGUAUGGGCCCAAAAUUGGCCGAAAAUCAAAGGUGUUCACACAACAAUCAAACAUAUUUGUGAAAAAUUGGCCAUAGCAAUCAAACAAUACAAUCAAGAUCAUAUAUCGGUGAGCAUUGUUAGUGUGAAUGCGGGAGUACAUGCUCCUCCUCCAGUUGAACCAACACGUGGACAAUGUAUAGAUGGUAAUAAAGGUACAAAAUAG